GUCCACUGGAGCGUCCGCAGACACACGGCCCUGACAGCGGGAGAAGUCAGUUUACAGCCCACCACUUGUUCCCGCGGCGGGUACAAACACAACUCCAGACUCCAGCCGCUUCCUGAAGUGUUGCUCUUUUUCUCUCUCACGGAAAUGAUUCACCUGAAGUUUUCCUUCGGACGGUGAAAGUUUGGAGUUGGAGGGGAAGGACGCAGCAAGGAGACGCUUCAAAUGGAGAGAGGGUGAAUCAACCCAUCCGGAUCAUAAAAGUUCAUCAAGGGUGUAGCUCCAGUGAGAGUUGGCAUGUCAAACCGUGACUCGCUGGGCUUUGGGGAGCUGCUUCCCCAGGAUGUGGUUGAUAUUUUUGCCCACGAGAAGCACAGCACAAGGGGCCAGAAGAAGCGCAGUCGCUCCCUGGGCCGGGCUCUGGGCUGGCUUAAGGGCAAGAAGAGAAAGGAUCAUGGUGCUAAGGGGCAGAGCCCGGGUUUAGGCCCUGCACUUGACUUGGCUUUGGACGUGCACCCUGCUGGGCAUCAGGGUGGACACAAGGGAGGACAGAAGUCAGGAAGGCAGGCUCAACCACAAGGUAACAGUCAUGCUGUCCCGAAGCGAGUUGACGAUGACAAGACUGAGGCGCCCCCAAUACUCCAGGAGAACGUGUUCAUCGAGGCCAGCAGGCCUAAAUACCUGGAGAACCUUCACACUGAGGCCCUGGAGGGGUUGAAAAUGAUGCAGCAGGAAGAAACCAAUAACGGAGUGGAGUUCCAGGACAAUGAAAGCACAAUUUCCACAAUGUCAGUCCACACAGACGGGGAAGGUGGAGGGUUUAUGACAGACAGCACCAUCGCUGACACAACUUCUGUUGUCUCCGUACAAUCAUCUGUGUCCACGAGAUCUUCCCGCUCUGGACUCACCCGGCAAGGAUCAACAUUCAGGCCCUUGAAUUCCGGGAAAAAGUCAGAGAAGACAAGGAGGAGACGACACAGGAAGACUGUUGGGGGAAUCCCACAGCACGUUCAGAGAGAACUGGGCCUGGACAGAACAGGUUGGACACAGGCUCAGAGGUUAGAUGAGGAACAGUUUUAUAACGGUGAAAGUGACCUGAGCCCAGGCAGUGACUGGUCACAGCCGGGAGCCAGCGGCAUCCUUCAGGAAACAAACGCCGUCCAUCCCCUCAACAAAGAACAACUGGACAAACUUGCUGCCCUUCAUAAGGACGACCUGGCCCUGCUGCACCGCCUCGGCCCUGACAUGUCAGAAGGGCAGAGGCCUCAUUCCCUGGCCGUUCCCUGGAUGACCACUGCCAACAGCCUCCAGCAGGAGCCGCCCAGCCCCGUCAUGUCCAUGUCACCACAGGCCCCCUACAUGUCCAAAAUCAUUCCCAAUGCCGUGUUGCCGCCCUCCAUCGAGGUGGUGGAAAUCAGCCGAGGGCGGAGUCGCAACAGCGUGCGCACUGUCAGCAAGAGCAGCCUGCUGCUGUCCAGCCCGGCCCCCUCCCGGGCUUCUUCCAGGGCCUCAACCAUCACCUCCGCUUCCCGCAACCCUCCCAAUAUGUCCGACAGCUCCUGUUGGAGCAACUCAGAGUCCUCAGAGACCUUGGUAUCUGACUCCUCCACCAUCUCCAGGAGCAGCACCCCCAAACAGAAGAGGACAGAGGAUGGAGAUGUGUCUGCUAAGGAAGACAAAAUCAGUGUCUCCUCCUUCAGCAAGGGUCCAAAAUACACCUCCAAUGGGAAGCUCCUUGCUAAAGUGGACGAGGAUAAGAAAGAGGGGUUCUCACGUAGCCUCUCUGUCAUGAAGCCCAAGAGGGCUCCUCCUCCUCCGAGCCGCUCCUAUUCCCUUCACAAUAAUAAGAUGAAGCGACGGUCACGUGAUCUGGCAGAGGUGAGAAUCAACUCAAAGGAAUCUUCUCUUCAUAACAUCUCAGCUUCUGGUGACGAAAAUGAGAAAAACAAAUCAUCUCCUGUGCCCUCCAAAGCCAUAGACAGCCCUGGGUACCAUGCUGACACCAGUUCUCUGGAGGACUCUCCGGGUUCUCUGUCAUUCAGUCCCUUCAGGUCGCAGGCGCAGAAGGCAGACGAAGCUGCAAAGGUUGAGGUUGAUGCUUUGCAGGAGAAACAGAAACCACCUCAGGAUAAGCUGAGCAAAGUGAUCUCCCCGUCCAGUGGCUACUCCAGCCAGGAUGGCACACCCGUACAGCCCCACAGCUCAUCUCCAAGACACAAGAGAGGCAUAUUAGCAAAGCUUCAAAGGUUGUUUCCAGGGUCCAGCUCUGCCGCUUCAACUGCCGCCCCUGUCCCGCAGCCAGAGGUUGUUAAACCUGACACCACAGUCGAUACCGUCAGCCCUUCUGUACGGGCCUUGAGAGAACUCUUCAACAUCCCUCUGCCACCAAAAGUCCAUGCACCCCCACCCCCUCCUCCAGAAGUAUGGGCUCACAGCAAGCGUAGCGUAGAGCUGCUGCUGGGACCCCCGGCACCUGAUAAUCUUGAAGCCAUCAUAAGGAAGAAUCCAAAAGACAGGAGACAGCAGAGACAGUCUCCUUCUGCGUCGACAGAGGGCUCCGUGAAGAGUUUGGUGGUAGAAAGAAAACACAAGAAUCCGGCUAAUGGAUCCGUACACGUGUCGGAGACGACCAAAGUUCAAGAAAGUGGGAUUUUGAGCGCAGAGAUUCAAAAUGACAGACUGGCAGAGCAGAAAGUUGAUUUGAAAGAAAAUAGCAAUGUGACAGAAAAAGUUGAGAAGGUAAGAGGAAGAGACUUAAUAGCUGGGAUGUUAAUGAAGGCUGCAGAGAAACGAGAAGAAAGGCUGGCAGCAGGGAAAGCAGAAGAAGCCAAAAAGACAAACAUGCCAACUACAGAGGAGAAGACUCGCAUGGAUACACUACCUGCCAUUUCAUUAGCACGCAUCCCUCCAUCCCCCUCUCCUCCCCCGGGGCACCACCCUGCCAACCCCCCCACCAAAAAGACCACAGUUGUUGUUGUGUCUCCCGAGUCGUCCUGGCCCCCACCACCUCCACCACUCGCACCAGCCGGUCUCAACAGGCCAGAUGAGGUUGACUUUCCUCUUCCGCCUCCGCCAAUGUUCGGUGAAGGGGUGGUAGUCAUACCUGUCCAGGUGCCAUCCAUUAGGGUGACCGCAGAGGCUGAACCACAGAAGACCAGUACGUCCCAGGGGGCCGUAGUCACACCCCUGAAUAUCCCACCUCCUCCAUCUUAUACGGCUCCCCCUCCACCCGUUAAAGUGGCGUCCCCCUCCCCUCCGAUGAAAAAGUUCACUCCUCUACCACCACUAAAGGAAGUCUCUCCUCCACCAGCACCACCACCACCUGUAAUCGUUUUACUGCCACCAACAACUAAAGAGGUUUCUCCUCCUCCUCCACCACCACCACCUGUAGAGGUUUUACUGUUUCCAAUACCCAAAGAGGUUUCUCCUCCUCCACCUAAAGAAGUCUCUCCUCCUCCGCCACCACCUAAAGAAUUUUCUCCUCUUCCACCACCACCUAAAGAAUUUUCUUCUCCUCCACCACCACCUAAAGAAGUUUCUCCACCACUUAAAGAAGUGUCUCCUCCACAACCACCUGCAGAGGUUUUACUGCUUCCAGUACUUAAACAGGUUUCUCCUCCUCCACCACCAAAAGAAUCCCCCCCUCUGGUUCAAGAAGCCCCUCCACCACUUGUUCAAGACGUCUCCGUCACACUGGUUUCUGUGGUAUCUUCUUCACCCGUUAAAGAGCCCUCCCCUCCUCUGGUUAUCGAGGCCUCCACUCUGCCCACUGAAGAGGUUUCUCCUCCACCUUCUCAAGAGAGCACCCCUGAAGAGGUGACGCCUGUUAGCAAGCUCACUCCACCACAAAGUAUUCCACCUCCACCACCCCUAAUAUCACAACCCCAGAAAUCACAGCAGGAGAUUGAUCUUCCACAAGAAGUGAACCAACUUUCAUAUGACAUUAUUCUCACUCCCCCUCAGAGUAUUCCCCCUGCACCUCCAGUAGAGCUUCUACACCAACCUCAGGUUGUACCCCCAAACACUGAUGCUCCUGCAACCCAGGAGGCCUCCCCUUCUUCACCAUCUGAAGUCUCUAUCCGACCUCCUUCACCAGAAAAGGCUCAAGAACCGGCUCCUUCUCCAGAAAAGCCUCAAGAACCGGCUCCUUCACCAGAAAAGGUUCAAGAACCAGCUCCUUCUCCAGAAAAGGCUCAAGAACCGGCUUCUCCUCCAGAAAGGGUUCAAGAACUGGCUCCUUCUCCAGAAAAGGCUCAAGAACCAGCUUCUUCACCAGAAAAGGUUCAAGAACCAGCUCCUUCUCCAGAAAAGCCUCAAGAACCGGCUCCUUCACCAGAAAAGGUUCAAGAACCGGCUCCUUCUCUAGAAAAGGCUCAAGAACUGGCUCCUUCUCAAGAAAAGGCUCAAGAACCGGCUCCUUCUCAAGAAAAGGCUCAAGAACCAGCUUCUUCACCAGAAAAGGUUCAAGAACCGGCUCCUUCUCCAGCUGCACACAUUCCUUUGCCUCCACCUUUACCUGUGCAGGGAGUUGCUAUUACUAAGGAGCAGCCUAGUCCUGCCAGCACAGAAACCCAAACCCUGGAACCAACCUCUGCCCCUGUUGUCAAGGAGAACCCCACUCCUGUUGUCACCCCCUCCCUCCUGCAGAUGGUCAAGCUGCGGUCAGUCAGUAGCAGCCCUGAGCCUCCUAAAGCUCCGGAGCAACCAGAGGCUGAGGUCACCAUGAGGAAGCAGGAGCCCAGAGAUCCAGUCCCAACCUCAUCUGCCAGUGCUGAAGCUCCCCAGAAGCCCAUCAGAAGGUCUCUGAUCAUCCUCUGUCCCACACCCACCUCUCCAACAUCCAUCUCUCCACCUGCCACCUCUCCACCUGCAACAGUUAUUGUGCAACCAGCUCUGCCCAAGUCCCAGUCUGUUUUGCUUCCACCUGCAUCUUCAUCCACAGUCGUCUCCCCGACCAAAAAGUCUCCUCCCGCUAUGACCGCCUCUCCUUCCAUGAACCUGCAGGAGGCCAUCCGCCUGAGGACAGCAGCCAGAUCCAAAGAAAACCCCGUAUCCCGCCUCAGUCUGCACUCACCCACAUCACCAAUAGACCUCCGUAAGUCCCCCUCCAGCACAGCAAGCUUUAUCUUCUCCAAGAGCAACAAGAAGGUGGUGAUUGAGACCAAGCCGGAACCGGAGAAGAAGGUGGCGAGUGAAGCAGAGUCGGUGAAGAAGGGAGUCAAGGUGCCGCCACCUGUUGCAAGGAAACCCAAAACGAAGGGCAAAGAGAUAGAAACCAGUGAAGGGAUGGAGCACACUGCAGGACAGGAAGCCCAGCAAGACAGCAUCAAGGAUGAUGCUGCGGAGAAAACAAACGGCACAGCAGGUACGGUUGAAGUAGGCGGGACACCAUCGACAUGAUUGUAAAGACUGAAGGAGACCUGGGAAGGUCUUAACAAUCACACUGGACUUGUUGCAAGUUGUGUGAGAGACAAGAAACUGGGUUUGGAUAGAUGAGAUGCUUAUUUCAAAGGGUGCAUUUAAAAAAAAAAUCCUGGAUUUUAAAUCCUUUGACUUUGAUGUUAAUGGUGUGGGUCUUAAUUUUCUCAAGUACUCAUUUUGAAUUUUUACUAAGAGUGAAUGCAGCAUAUUUGCUUUGGCCAGAGGGUCUUCUGAGCUUUACCGUUGCAAGAGAUGGGAAUAUACCGCCCUCUAGUGUCAAACAUUGAUUGUACCACUUGUGUCCUGCUGAAUCAGAGGUUUUGGGACUUUUGGGCGCUCAUCUGUAAAUAUAGCAAGAUUUUGUACAUUUAACAUAUCCAGUGAUGCUGGAUCUGUACAACAGUUCUGUUCUGUAUUUUUCUCCAAAAGAGUUUCCACACCAAUUAUAUUUGUUAAAAAAUAUUAAUUAUCUUAAGUUAUUUUGUGUUCAGAAGGUCGACAGAAUGUCUUCUUUGCAAUGUUGUGUUACACCCUAAUAUCAUUUAAAUCAAGUUUAUUUGUAUAGCUCUUAAUCAUUUCCAAAUUUAUCCCACAUGUCCUUUUGUUAUGAUUCAAAGCUGCGUGACUGUUAAUGUCACAGAACCAAUGAGCAGACAUGUAAAGCAAUACUAGUCAUUAUUUUCUGCUGCUUUUAGUUACUGAUAAUGGAGGCAUUGCCUUUCCUCAGUUAUUGCUCAAACAGUGGGAUAUUUCUGUGUUGAACUAUAAUAUAUUUCAAACUGGUUUCAGACACUGUAAUGAAAUAAAUCAUUUAUAUUGGAAAAAAAUAAAGAUUUAUGGACUUAUCAAAUUGUCA